CGCACCUUUUACCUACUCGGCGCUAUCACCGUCCGAUGGAUUCUUCCACCGGGCAGUUACUUCAGGCUAUUUCUAGCGGUGAUUUUGAGAAAACUAAGAUAAUGUUCAGUUCAGGAGAAAUUGACAUUAAUACAACUGAUGAGAAUGGUCUCACGCCGCUCCAACAAGCCUGCUUUAGUGGACAGACCGAAAUAGUCGAAUUUUUAAUAAAAAAUGGAGCGAACGUUAAUUCAAACAAGCAUAAGGAAGGUUACACUGCUUUGAUGUUUGCAGGAAUUGUAGGUAACUUACAAAUUGUCGAGAUUCUUCUGCGCAAUGGAGCGCGGAUAAAUGACACAAAUCGUCUUGGAAGAACUGCAUCUCAGAUGGCCGCUUUUGUUGGAAAUCACCAAGCGGUCGCAUUAAUUAAUAACUUCAUUGAAAAAGACACCAUAUUGCACUAUACCAGGAUACAUGGGCUUUCUAAGGAGCCAAAGAUAUCACCAGUACUUGCCAAUACUCUCCAUGCAUUGAUCAUCAGUCCAAACUUUACUCCAGUUAAGCGAGUAUCCUGUCAAAAUGUUUAA